AUGGCCCUGGAACAAUGUCCCCUCAAUAAAUACUCUUCCCAAGAAGAUGAAUAUAUGCCCAUCCAAUCUGAGGAUGAGAUGGGAGAGCAACAAAAGGAGGACAUUGAUAAAACUGAUGAAGAAGCAGAAACAGAGCAACACUGUGGUCUCCUGAUUGCUGCAGUCAAUGGUGUUGAUAAUCAGACAAAUAGUGCAUCUGCAAGAAAAUCUCUCCAAAUGAGAAUUUCCCCCAGGUUAAUAAGAAGUAAAGCUGUUUUCUGGGACAAGGAUUUCACAGCUAAAGUCUUAGACCAUGAUGAACAACAGUUAUCCCUUGAGAUGAGACAUGUGGUUGAUGAUAACACCUUCUAUGUCACUGUCAUAUAUGCCAAAUGCAAGCUUGCUAUGAGAAGACCACUUUGGGACAUCUUGAGACACAAAUCAACCAAUUACACUUAUCCAUGGUGUGUAAUAGGGGAUUUCAAUGUCAUUGCAUCUGUUAAAGAAAAAAUAGGUGGUCUCCCAUAUCAAAUGAGUAAAAGUUUGGAUUUCCUGAGUAUGAUGGAAGAAUGUGGUCUAGUUGACCUUGGUUAUUAUGGACCUAAAUACACCUGGUCCAAUGGAAGAGUGCCACUGAGUAAAUGGUCAAGGGAAGAAUAUGGGGACAUUUUCCAAAAAGCCAGGGAAUAUGAACAACAAGUCAAAAAUGCUGAAAUGGUUUGGGCAAACACUAAUGAUGAAACUGACAGAAUUAAUCUUCAUGAGACCAAAGCAAAUUACAUCAGAUACCUGAAGCUGGAAGAAAGCAUUCUGAAGCAAAAAACUCAGCUUCAAUGGUUCAAGGAGGGAGAUGCUAAUUCAAAGUACUUCCACAGCCUCAUUAGGGGAAGGAGAAGGAAACUAUUCAUUCACAAAAUCAAGAAUGCAGAGGGUACUUGGGUUCAUGGGGACAAUGCUAUUGGGGAUGCUGCCUGUGAUUAUUUUCAAGAAUUAUUUUCAGAACCAGGGGGCCACAUUAGAGAGCACCUUCUUUCAUGUAUCCCCUCCUUGAUAACCCCAGAAGACAACACCUGUCUCACUACUGAUCCCACUUUGGCUGAACUCAAAGAAGUGGUUUUUUCAAUGAGUCCCACAAGUGCUGCUGGUCCAGAUGGUAUGAAUGAAUUCAGACCAAUCAGUUUAAGCAACUUCAUCAACAAAGUAAUCUCCAAAGUCAUUUCUUCAAGAUUGACACCUAUUCUUCCUAGAGUCAUCUCAGACAACAAAUCAAGUUUUGUAAAAGGAAGAAACAUCUCAGAAAACAUCAUGUUAGCACAGGAAAUUGUCCAUGGGAUCAAGAAACCAAAUGCUGGAUCUAAUGUAGUUAUCAAACUUGAUAUGGCCAAAGCUUAUGACAGAGUAUCCUGGGCCUACACUUGCAUUAUGAUGAGGAGGAUGGGUUUUAAUGAGAUGGUCAUUGAUAUGAUUUGGAGGACAUUGUCUAAUAACUGGUAUUCUGUCAUUAUAAAUGGCCUCAGAUGUGGUUUUUUCCAGUCCUCUAGAGGUUUGAAACAAGGAGAUCCCUUGGCUCCUUCCCUCUUCAUACUAGGGGCAGAAUUGCUUUCCAGAAUGCUCAACAUGCUUACCAAUGAUCAGUUCUUCAAUGGGUUUUAUAUGCAGAGAAGAGGCCCCCAGAGCAAUCAUCUCAGCUUUGCAGAUGAUAUCAUUAUUUUCUCAUCAGGAAGCAGAUCAUCUCUGAGAAGGAUCAUGUGGAUUCUGAAAACAUAUGAAGACAUUUCAGGGCAACAAAUCAACAAGAGCAAAAGUCACUUCAUGACAGCAGCUUGUGUUAGGCAGUCUACUGUGAGAAGAAUCCACCCUCUCACUGGUUUCACAAGAAAAGCCUCACCCUUAACCUAUUUGGGAUGUCCUCUGUACACAGGAAGGCUUAGAAUUUCUCACUUCAAUAAUCUCAUUGCUAAAGUGGUGGGGAGAAUUAAAGGGUGGCAUGGGAAGAUGCUUUCAUAUGGAGGAAGGGCAACUCUAAUCAAAUAUGUUCUACAAUCCUUACCUAUUCACCUUCUGUCAGCCAUUUCCCCUCCUAAAACAGUCAUGAAGCAGAUUGAGAGGCUGAUGGCUAAUUUUUUUUGGGGCAUGGAAAAGGACAAACUCAAGAACCACUGGGCCUCUUGGCAUAAACUAUCCUAUCCUGUCAAUGAGGGAGGAAUUGGUUUCAAAUCAAUUGCUGAAGUAUGCAAAGCUAUGGAGUUUAAGCAAUGGUGGCGCUUUAGAACCAAUGAUUCCCUUUGGAGUUCCUUCCUUAAGGCCAAAUACUGUCAAAGAUCCCAUCCCAUCAAAAGAAAUUGGGAAUCUGGGCAAUCCCAAGCUUGGAAGAGGAUGAUGUACAACAAGAAAGAUGCUGAGAAGGCUAUUAUCUGGAGGCUCCAUUCUGGCUCUAGCAGUUUCUGGUGGGACAACUGGCUAGGAGAUGGCCCUUUGGCUCUCCAAAGAACUACAGGAGGCAGACCUGGCAAGUUAACUGUAUCCUAUUUCUGGGAAGGUGAUCAAUGGAACCUUCAGAAGCUCAAUGAAAUAGCCCCUCCCCUUAAAAUCCCUCAGAUCAUUCAAACCACCAUUCAUUUUAGCCCCAAUACCCCUGAUAAAGCCAUAUGGAAACCAACCACAACAGGGAAAUUCACCUGUGCUUCUGCUUGGGAACUACUGAGAAUAAAAAGACAACCCAAUUUAUCCAAUAGAAUGACUUGGCACAAGAAAAUUCCCUUCAAAUGGUCCUUUUGCUUAUGGAGAGCUUUAAGGAAUAAACUUCCAACUGAUGACAGGGUCCUCAUGUUCAGCAACCCAACAGUCUCUAGGUGUGUAUGUUGCUCCACCUAUGCUAAUGAAACAGUCGAGCACAUUUUCAGUUUGGGAAACUUUGCAAGGACUGUUUGGAAAAAAUAUGGGAGCAUUGCAGGCAUACACACAGAAGACAUACCUCUGAGAAUGCUGCUAAUACAAUGGUGGAUUCACAAGAGUCAUAAUUCUAUCCACAGAUUGACCCUAGACACCAUGCCUAUAAUUAUUUCCUGGAAUCUAUGGAAAAAUAGGUGCAGUGCUAGAUAUGGAUCAAAACUGUCAUCUCUUACCAGGGUCCUCUUUGCAAUUAAUUCAGACAUCAACCUGCUCUUGAGAGCAAACUACCCUGAAAUCAAAUGGCCUACCAAAUGGAUCCAAUUGUACCCCCUCCUUGAGCAGAUCAGUCACAUGACCUCUUGUUCCCGAGUCAUCUGGACCAGACCUCUUGCUCCCUAUGUGAAGAUCAACAGUGAUGAGAGUGCUUUAAAUAAUCCAGGAAGGAUAGGAGCUGGAGUGAUUAUCAAGGGACAAUCUAGUGAAUUUAUUCAUGCCAUUGCAGCUCCUCUGGGAGAGGGUACCAAUAACCUUGCUGAAACUGAAGCUGCUAUCCUAGGCAUCCAACGGUGGCUAUCCAAUGGCUUCACCAGCAUUCACCUAGAAUCUGAUUCUGCUCUGCUAAUCCAAUGGCUAAACAACAAAAGUGAACCCCCAUGGCCUCUUCACAUGAAACUGCUACACUUAAAGAAUCUGUGCUCCCAAUGUGAAAAUUUCAUGUCCACUCAUGUCUAUAGAGAGGCCAAUUGUCCAGAUGACUCCCUCUCUAAGCUUAGCCAUGAACUCCCCAGCCUUACCAGCUUUAACAGCCUUUCUUCUCUUCUUAACCAUAUCAGGGGACAGGUGUUCUCUUUCUACGCUCAAGUGUUAUGUCUUCUAGGAGUGGUAUUGGUAUCAUUGAUGCCCAUUCUCCCAGAAUCAUACCACUUGAGCAUGUGGCAUCACCUCACCAGAAACAUCUCCUCACAGAUGCAUCAGGAACUGCAGAAAGCAGCAUCUUUAGCCGAAGAAAGCAGAUGCAGGAACUCAGCAACUACAGCUGCAGAUUAUGCAGAGUGUGAUUCCUGCAUCUUUGCCAUACUUGUGCAGUACAAGGUGCAGAAUUGGGCAAAAUGUGCCUUUUCAAGCAGUGGUAUCGGCACCCAUGGUGCUCAUUCUGAUGGAAAUGCACAGUUUGCCACAGUUCGCACUCACUCACCAAUGCUGUCUACAGAAUACUCACACACAGGACUGCCUCACCCUUGGAUGCCAGUCACUUUUGCACCAGCAUGUCAAUUCCUUGAGCAAAUUCCAACAGUGCUAUAG